CAUCAACAAGUUAUAGUAUUAAAAAAGUUUUGAAAACUUUAUUUCAAAGACAUCUUAAUAAUAAAAAUACCAUAAGAAAUACAAGAUCAAUGGAAUCAUUAGAAUCAUUGGAUAAUUAUCGUAAUUCACAAUUUGAAGAGCAUUAUGAAGAGAUUGGUGAUAAUGCAGCUAAUGAAAAAUUACUUUCAUAUAUUUAUAAUGAAGUCAACAAUUCAUAUAAUCAAUAUCAUAAUAAAAUUAAUGAUGACAAUUGUAUUUCAACAACAAUUAAAGCAACAUCAUCAUCAUCAUCAUCAUCAUCGAUGUUAUUGAAUGAACAAAAAAUAAUAGGGGAACAAAAUCAAAAUGAAGAAGAAGAAGAAGAAGAUAUUUUUGUACCAGUACGUUUUGCAAGAACUGAAGUCGGUACAUAUUUUUGGACAACAAAUUUACAACCUGCUGCAAUUAUAACAACAGUAACAACACCACUUGGUGAUAAUAUGGAUUUAAUACAACCGGCAUUAUGUUAUACAAAUUGUCAAUAUCCUCAAUUACAAUUUCAAGAUCGUUGGGCACAAGCUUAAUUAAUUCGCAUUAAACAUAUUUCCUAUUAACAUAUAUAUAUAUACAUAUAAAUGCAGAUCUCAUUUGAAACAAGAUAAGAAAAUGUUCCAGAAUUUUUAAGAAUUAAAUUAUCAAAAUUUUCAAUA